CCAUUUUUGCUCAUUUUUCCCCGUUUUCCCCCCAUUUUCCCCGCUCCCCCUCCCGGCCGCAGGGCGAGCGGAUCCUGGCGGAGCUGCAGCGGCUGCCGGCCCGCGGCGUGGCCGUGCGCGUGGCGGUCAGCGCGCCCUCGCCGGCAGCGCCGCUGGACGAUCUGCGGGCGCUGGAGCGCAGCGGUGCGGCCGUGCGCGCCGUGGACCUGCCGCGCCUCACCGGCGGCGUGCUGCACACCAAGUUCUGGCUGGUGGACGGCGUCCAUCUCUACAUCGGCAGCGCCAACAUGGACUGGAGGGCCUUGACGCAGGUGAAGGAGCUGGGAGCCGCCAUCUACAACUGCAGCUGCUUGGCCAAAGAUUUGGGCAAAAUCUUCGAGGCCUACUGGUCCUUGGGCGUCCCCGACGCGUCCAUCCCGGCGCCGUGGCCGGACAAUUUCUCCACCUCCAUCAACCUGCAGACGCCGCUGGAGACGACGCUCAACGACACCGCGGCCGCCGUCUACUUCUCAGUAGGGGUCACCGCGGGUCUCUGGGGGUCACCGGGGGUCUCUGGGGAAUCCCCUCGGGGUGGUGACAAUCCCCCGUGUCCCCAGCGCCUGUUCCUGGUGCCGGCCAGCGCGGCGCAGAGCCGCAUCCCCUUCGCGCGCGUCAGCCACACCAAGUACAUGGUGACCGACAAGGCCGCCUACGUGGGCACAUCCAACUGGUCCGGGGAUUACUUCGAGCGCACGGCGGGCUCGGCGCUGGUGGUGGCGCAGCCCGGGCCGGGCGCCGGCACCUUCCGGGAGCGGCUCCGGGACCUCUUCGAGCGGGACUGGAGCUCCCGGUACAGCGUGGACAUCGGCGACACCGAGGGCUGGGCCGGGCGCUGCGGGCCCCGCUAGCGCCGGGGGGACCCCGCGGGGGCCCGAGGAUUUUGGGGGGGGAAAUAAAAGAAAUGGGGUUUGUGGA